CGGUUUUAUUGGCUCGCGCAAACGGUUCCCAUUAUAUUCUAUAAAACCGCAGCUCUCAGCUGCUACUGCAACGGAAUUGAAAUCAGUCAGCCGUCGGCGGAAGGACUGAAUCUACCACGCACGGUCUCGAGAGCCGCAUUCAGUCAGUUCGCCGUGAACGACAUUGACAAAGCCGGGAAUCUCGGGUUGUCCAGUUUGAAAAUAACCUUGAUCAAAUUGUACUUGCCGAGAUGCUGUGCGCGUUGAUUGGUUAAUUUUUUUAUUUUUGUGAACUAUGCUGCACGUGCAUUUGAUAAAGUUCUACUGGUGAGAAAAGUUGAUAAGCUGGACUAAGUUGAAUCAGUGUUGUGUGUGUUUUUUUCUCUACGAAAAUUUGAAAUUUCGUCAAAAUGAGUAUGGAAAUCCCACCGGAAGAAAUGGCCCAUACAAAAGUAUGGUUCACCACGAUCGAUUAUGUCAUAUUCUGCACGAUGAUGCUCCUCUCAGCGGUCAUAGGAAUUUACUACGGAUUUUUCGCUAAGCAGAAACAGAAUAAUACGGCCGAAUAUCUGCUGGGAAGCAGACAGAUGAAGGUGUUUCCAGUGGCUAUGUCACUUACAGCAACCCACAUUUCUGCCGUCACAAUGCUGGGCGUACCGGCGGAAAUGUACCGCUACGGCAUCCAGUACUGGGCCUGCUCCAUAUCCGGCCUGAUCGUGACCAUCUUCAUGGUGUACGUUUUUCUGCCGGUGUUCUACGAACUGCAGGCUACCUCCUGUUAUGCGUACCUGGAGCAUCGCUUCAACAAACGGGUUCGUCGUCUGGCGAGCUUUCUGUUUAUGCUGUACUGCUUGCUGAACGUACCGGUGUUAAUCUACACUCCGGCGAUCGCCUUUAGCCAAGUUACUGGCAUAGACUUACAUAUCAUCACGCCCGUCAUCUGCUGUAUUUGCAUUUUUUACACCACCUUCGGAGGCAUACGGGCAGUGAUAUGGACUGACACACUCCAAUUUGGCAGUAUGAUUCUGGCGCUACUAAUCGUAAUGACAUUGGGAACGCUGCAACUGGGCGGUAUUAUUAACAUAUUUAAAAUUGCUGACGCCGGAGGAAGACUGAUUUGGUUCAACAUGGAUCCUGAUCCCUCGCUGCGAUCAUCGUUUUGGCUCGUGUCCGUGGGACUGACCUCGAUGUGGGUCUCGAACAUUGGUGCCACACCAGAAUGUGUUCAGCGUUUUCUUACUGUACCUGAUAUAUCAAGUGCUAAAAAAGCCGUUUGGAUUUUCGGAGUUGGUCACAUUCUGGUCAAACUGUGUUCCGUUUACAAUGGAUUGCUUAUAUUCAGCAAAUAUCAUGACUGCGAUCCAGUUUACUCGGGUCUUGUGAAAAAGAACGACCAAAUCUUCCCCUACUACGUGCUGGACGUGGCGCGCAAGAUUCCCGGCCUUCCUGGGCUGUUCGUGGUUGGUGUGUUCUCCGCCGCUCUGUCAUCGAUGUCCACUAUUUUGAAUACUUUAUCAGGAACGAUUUACGAUGACUUUGUGAAGGCUCGGUUCAACUUCAAGGAAGCACUUGCCAGCUCUAUAAUCAAAGCGAUGGUCGUGGUGAUCGGAGUUAUCUGCUUACUGCUGGUUUACGUUGUCGAAAAGCUAGGUAGUGUUUUUAGCCUAGCCAUUUCGGUGUCAGGGGUAACAUCCGGAACGCUACUGGGAAUUUUCUUUCUCGGGAUGUUCUCGCCAAAAAUUAAUGCUAAAGGAGCGUACUGGGGAGCGAUAAUUUCGCUCGCUUCUUUGUGUUUCAUUGCAGCUGGAGCUCAGCUGGAAAUUCUACAAGGAAAUCUGAAAUAUCCAAGCUUACCGCUGAGAUAUGAUGGCUGUCUUGGGUUCAACUCAACAGGAACGGCAACUUCUACAUUUUAUAUCGACGCCGAAGGUCAUGACAACACCGAGGUACCGUGGCUAUUCCGGCUUGGAUUUAUGUACUAUUCGGCGCUGGGUACGGUCAUAGCCGUGAUUUCCGGAACCAUCGUUAGCGUUCUUACGGGUGGUCAGACAGAACCUGUCCCGGAGGUUCUACUAACACCCUGGGUUCGCUCAUUGUACAAACCUGUCCGCUGUGUGGACGACUACGAAUGUAAACAGUCACAGCCUCGAACGUUGCACAUCGAGAAAAACGAUAGCUAAUUGUUUCUGCAUUACUUUCACUGCUUUAUUAUUGUAAAUAAAUUAAUAUCUAAAAUGA